AAAGCCGCUCUCAGCGGGAGGGAGGCGGGCGGGCUAGACUGACACACGAGAGGGCUGGCUUUUUGGACGGCUCUUAGCAACGGCCCUGGCGUGACCCUCCUCAGCCAUGAGAAAAUAGAAUCCGUGUACCAUUCUUCCAGGCGCGAUGCAGCAUCCGCAGCUCUACGUCAAGGGGGCCUUCCUCCCGGCCUGUUAAUUACCUGCUCUUUCCCAUCUCAGGGUUCCUGCCUUUGCCAAGUGCUCCUGGGAGGAGGGAAGAAACGACCACCACCCAGCCCCCUUGCUGCCUGGGGGCUUCAGGCUUGAUUAGAUGGCUAACAGGGGCCCGAGCUACGGCUUAAGCCGAGAGGUGCAGGAGAAGAUCGAGCAGAAGUACGACGCGGACCUGGAGAACAAGCUGGUCGACUGGAUCAUCCUGCAGUGCGCCGAGGACAUAGAGCACCCGCCCCCUGGCAGGGCCCAUUUUCAGAAAUGGCUAAUGGACGGGACGGUCUUGUGCAAGCUGAUAAACAGUUUAUACCCACCAGGACAAGAGCCCAUUCCCAAGAUCUCAGAGUCAAAGAUGGCUUUUAAGCAGAUGGAGCAAAUCUCCCAGUUCCUAAAAGCUGCGGAGAUCUAUGGCGUCAGGACCACUGACAUUUUUCAGACCGUGGACCUUUGGGAAGGGAAGGACAUGGCGGCCGUGCAGAGGACCCUGAUGGCUCUAGGCAGCGUUGCAGUCACCAAGGAUGAUGGCUGCUACCGGGGAGAGCCAUCCUGGUUUCACAGGAAAGCCCAGCAGAACCGGAGAGGAUUUUCAGAGGAGCAGCUUCGCCAGGGACAGAAUGUAAUAGGCCUGCAGAUGGGCAGCAACAAGGGAGCGUCCCAGGCAGGCAUGACCGGCUAUGGGAUGCCCAGGCAAAUCAUAAAACUUAAGAAGGCAAGUACGCCUGGGGACCACCAACUCAUCUUACUCUUUCCUACCAGUAGAAACAAGAAAAAAAAAAGUGAUGCAUUUUGGGACUUCCCUGGUGGUGCAGUGGCUAAGAAUCCGCCUGCCAGUGCAGGGGACAUGGCUUUGAGCCCUGGCUCCAGAAGAUCCCACAUGCUGCGGAGCAACUAAGCCCGUGCGCCACAACUACUGAGCCUGCACUCUAGAGCCCGCGAGCCACAACUACUGAAGCCCGCACGCCUAGAGCCUGUGCUCCGCAGCAAGAGAAGCCACCACAAUGAGAAGCCCACGCACCGCAAUGAAGAGUAGCCCCCGCUCGCUGCAACUAGAGAAAGCCCGCGCGCAGCAAUGAAUGCCCAACUCAGCCAAAAAUAAAUAAAAAAUUUUUUUAAAAGUGA